AUGAAUCAUUCCACAUCCACAUUCAACUCUUUAUGGUCAUCCGUUCAGAGCAAACUUCCGAAAAACAUUUUUAACUUCACCAUCCGAUAUAUCAAUAACACACUUCCAACACGAAAGAACCUAUCAAAAUGGGGACUAUCAUCAACAUCCGAUUGCUCUUUCUGCUCCUCACCUGAAACGCUGCUCCAUGUGAUUGCUGGAUGUAAGACAUAUUUAGACGAAGGCCGGUUUACAUGGCGACACGAUUCUGUUUUAAAUUUCCUCGCAUCCACUCUUACUGCUGUGAAAAAUUCCACACUUUACGCGGACAUUCCUGGUUUUAUGAAUCCAUCUGUUAUCACGGGAGAUCGUUUACGACCUGACCUUCUGCUGGUGACUGAAAACAGAUGCCUAUAA